AAUUGAACUCUAUUACUGUUAUCCCCCCCCCCACAUUCAACAUCUAUUUAACUAGCAUUUUACAUUUAUCCUCUGAAAGUAAAUAAGUAAAAAAAAGACAAUCAACCCACUCAAGUCCUGCAUGACAUUUAAGAGUUCACAGAGAAAAAUGUCCACAAGAGGACAGCCUUUCGUUUUGGAGUCUAACUCCAGGAGAAAUGUGAAUUUCCAGUUUGAGCGUCUGCUGUGGAGAGGACGUCCAGUUCAAGAGCAGGCUGGUGGUUUCAGUACUUCACGAAUACUUCACGUUUUGCUGCUAAACUUGGAAUUUCACCGAAUUUCACACUGAUAGUCAUCUUUUACUCAAUUCAGGUAAAGUUGUUCCAAUUGUUUGUUAUUAUUUUUUAAAACUAGUGAUUUGAUUUUAUGUUUUUUUUUUCUUUUUUUGGAUACGUCUCUCUUAUGGUUGCUGAUGUUUUCUUCUGUUUGACUUAAAUUUUUGACAUUCAUACUCACACUUUGAUAAAGACUGUACCACUCACUCAUGCUAUAUUUAAGAGAAAGCAGGAAUGAGUUUUUUCUUUUUUUUUUGCAGAAAUGUGCACGCCUUCUUGAAUACGAGGAGUGUUGGUUACGGCCACAACUGAAUGUGUCUCUGGCUGCGAUCCUGAAAACCUGCAGCAUCAUGUUACCACCUGUGAAAAAGGACCGGGUCAUCACUCACCUCCCGAAGUGUUUCAGCCCUCAUGCAGCUCUGCACACCAAAGAGGGCUUCCAUCCAAAGGUGAAAGCUGCAUGCCAGACGCAGAAGGCUGGAGCUCUGAGCUUUAAUGUGGCGAAGGUCAUCGUGGUGGGAGACGUUGCUGUUGGGAAGACGUGUCUGAUCAGCAGGUUCUGUAAGGGUGCGUUUGAUAAGAACUACAAAGCAACCAUCGGGGUGGAUUUUGAGAUGGAGCGCUUUGAGGUGCUCGGCGUUCCCUUCAGCUUGCAGCUUUGGGACACGGCGGGUCAGGAGCGCUUCAAGUGCAUAGCUUCCACGUAUUACAGAGGAGCACAAGCCAUCAUAGUGGUGUUUGAUUUAAGCAGUGUGACCUCUUUAGCACACGCCAGGCAGUGGCUGGAGGACGCCAUGAAGGAAAAUGACCCGUCUAGUGUUUUACUCUUCCUGGCUGGCACCAAAAAAGACCUCAGUACUCCCGAUCAGCUGAACUGUAUAGAACAGGAAGCCAUCAGACUUUCUGAGGAAAUCAAAGCAGAGUACUGGGCUGUGUCUGCAAAGUCAGGAGACGGCGUCAGGGACUUCUUCCUACGAGUUGCUUCUCUGACCUUUGAGGCCAACAUUUUAGCAGAGAUUGAGAAGAGCGGGUCGAGACAGGUCAAAGACAUCGUCAGGAUCACAGAUGCCGACCACAAACCCAAGAGGAAGUCCAACUGUUGCUGAAACUGAGUUUCUUUAGAUUUAAGAGGCAUCAACUCAAGGCGGAAAACUCAAAGACAAAGAAAGUGAAGAGGUGGUGCUGGAGACUGGAGACUUCCAGAGUAAUGUCAGCAGAUGAUACAGAACAUGUUGAAUACGAUCUGAAAGGAAGUCCGUCUGUUGUGACUAGAACAUAUUUGAAAGCUUGGUGAGAUCCUUGUUGUUGUUAAGUUUCGUCUUAAAUUCACAAACUGAUAUCUUUGUAAAAAAAUCUGUUUCUGCUGAGGCUGAAAUGAAGCGUUUCUUCUCCUGGUUUUCUCACUGGCCUCCUUGUCAUAUGACUCCGUGCUUCUAAUUCGAUGCGCACGCUGACUCCAGUGACCAGCGUCAUGCCCAUAAUGCAGCUCUCCCCUCCGACUCAGGAGUUCACAUGAUCUUAAAAAUGGAGGGAUUGUUUUUAGGAAUGGGGAGAAAGCAGCAAAGUUAUGUCCUCUUUUCUUGGUGAAUAAGACAAGGUCAAGAAGAGAUCGCACUUUUACAAACUUCUGUGCACUUAGUUUAAAUUCAAUCAAAAAAAAUAUUCCUAUAAACUGUCUUUUUAAAAAAAUAAAAUAUACAUUUUGCCAUCUUUGUCACUCCGUAUCAGAUAUUUAUGAUAAAAAUAAAAUAAUUUUGGCCACAAAAUGAUUGUUUAUUAGUGUGACACAUCUAUACACUAAUAUAUAUAUAUUUAUAUUUUUCAAAAUUAAGAGUAAAUGUAAUUAUGUCACAUUCCUACAUCAUGAUACUGCCCCCUCCAUGCUGUACAAAGCUGCUGCUUGAGUUGCAUCUCUCCAAAAUAGUAAAUAAUGCAUAAAGAAAGGGCUGUCUAAUCUAAUAUAUUUACGACAAUUAAUAAAACUACAGGUAGGAAAAUCCACCUUUCAUUCCUGAUGAUUCGGCCGGUUUUGCAGUUUCAACUUUUAAAACGAAAUUCAGUUCGGCUAAAUUGGCGAUUCAUCAUCUACUCGACUAGAAGUCAAAAUAAAGUUUGAUUUUAAAGAUAAGAUUCAGAAGUGAUCUGUGUUAUUUGAAGAUUGUUUUAUUCCCAGUAAGACCUCUAAACGUAUAAAAUAAAAAUAGUAAAAAAAUCAGAUUUUUGACAAGAGUUUAGAUUUUUUUAAAGCUGUUUUAUUUUAUAAUUGAAUUUUUUGGAUUUUGAAAAAAAAGUUAUAUUUUUAACUCCUCCUCCCACUUUAGUGGCAGU